ACCAUGUGCAUCCGCCCGGAUCCUCUCCAGCCACCGGAGCGGGGACUUCCACCGGGGUAGCGUGGUGGGCCAUGAUGAACGGGUACGAGGAGAGCCCCCCGCCGGCCCCGCAGAGCGCCGCGACGCCCAUCAGCGGCAGCAGCGGCAUGACGAGUCCGGCGACGGUGGCGGCUGCAGCUGCUGCAGCCCCAGCUGCAACAACUUCGGCCACCUCGAGCUCAUCACCGGCCAGCGUAACAAGCAACAGCGGUUCCGGAGGUGGCGGUCCGCUCCACAUCCCUGCGAAACGUCUGACGACGACCUCCGGGUAUGGGGAGUGCGCCGAGUCGAGCGUCAUCAGGCAUUCGCACCAUGGUCAACCAUGGAACUACUCGCCAUCUGACAACCACCAUGCCGGCGCGACAGCGUUCGAGCCGACUGUGGGCCUCAACCAUCACCAGUACCCGAACGCGCCCACCUACUACAACCUCGCAGCGGAUCCGACCGGGGGUCGCGACAGUCGCAAGGCCGCACCGUUAUCGUUCUGGUCGCCGGCGGCGACGGCGGCCGCUGCCGGAGGCGGUGGAGGCGGCACUCCGGAGUACAAGUACUCGGCGGUGUCUGCGGCAGGUCCCAGCGCCGAUCCUGCCGUCUCCUCGUGCCAUCAGAGCUUCUCCUCGUCUUCGUGGUGUAACUAUUCACCGUACUCUUCGGCCGCAUCCAGGCAUCACAUCGACGCCCAUCAACCCGUCCCCUAUCUGACACCUGCAGAUGAACGCAAUCGUGUCGCCACCGCCAUGGUUGCAGAGAGCGCCAGCUUCGCAGCCCAUGCCCACGACGGCUACGGCCUCCGAAACUACGCAUCCGAACCAGUACCAUCCACCCCGUAUCCACCUCCAGUUACGUGGGGAUCUUCCCCGUCGUCUCUGUUUUCUUCAGGUUCGCUGGGAUCGAUGGGCGUGAGCGUGCCGUGCGGAACGGGCGGCAAUCCUCUCGAGUGGACGGGCCAGGUGACCGUCCGGAAGAAACGCAAACCGUACUCCAAGUAUCAGACGCUCGAACUCGAGAAGGAGUUCCUCUUCAACGCGUACGUCUCCAAGCAGAAGAGGUGGGAGCUGGCGCGCAACCUCAACCUGACCGAGCGCCAGGUGAAGAUAUGGUUCCAGAACAGGCGGAUGAAGAACAAGAAGAAUUCGCAGCGGCAGGCAAGCCAGCAGCAGAACAACAACAACAGCAACACCAACAACCAGAACCACCACGGCCAUCACCAUCCGGCGCACCACGUGCACUCGCAGCACCACGUGGUCAAUCACCACGUGGCAGCAAACGGGACCCUCAAACAUCACCAGUGACCAAUGGGGUUCUCCGGGGUUGUGUUCGGCCAUCCCCACGGUUUAGCAGCCUGAAGGAUUC